ACAACAACAACAACAACAACAACAACAACAACAACAACAGCAGCAGCAGCAGCAUCAUCCUCAACAACAUCCCGCCCUGUUCUUUGCCAGUGUCGAGUUCAGCAGCCAAGCAGGCGCAGACCGCUUCAACGAGCUCCGAUCCACAGCGUUGGGUGGUGCACGUGCAGAGAGAUUGAAAAUCACAACCACAGUACCGCUGGCCUCCCUGACUGUGUGUAAUGCAAACACGCUCAUCUUGCACUCAAUGUGCCAGAAGCUGGGUCGCAUCACCUUUCGCGACGUUGGGCACAUAAGAUGGCUCAGCAUGGCGCAUGGGCAAACCACCCUCCAAGGCGAAGUGUCCAACGUCGGCGGCAUCAACUUUCACGGCCUUGUCGAACUUGAUGACUUUGCACUGUUUGCCGGCCUGCACUGCGUGAGGAUCGCAAACCGACACGUGGAUCUUGCGCCGUUUGCUGGCAUCAACACGCUUGUGCUUGCGCGUGUGACUGUGGACGACCAGUCUGUGAUUGCAGACGCGGAGGAGCUUCAUGUCCACGAGGCGCCGCUUGAGACUGACACACUCAACGCCAAGCGCGUUACGCUGUCCUUUGUAAAGGGCGAUGUGCCGGCUCGCAUUCAUCUUCCAAACGCCACCCACUUCGGGCUGGGGUACGGUUCCUGGAGUACGCACGUGAAGUUUGUGCUGCCGCCCCGCGUCGACACCAUCACGAUUCGAAGCGUGGACCUCAACAUUCCACGGUUUGAGCACGCGCGGGUGCUGGACCUCGACUGCCGUGGCAAGGUCAAUCUGUCUGCCUUGGCACGCCGCGUGGACAAGCUGGUGAUCCGCAGCCCAGUCAUGCUGCGCACCAGUGCAGAUAAUCCGUUGGGCCGCCUGCUGCCAGUGCCAGAUGACGUGCACGUGUGCUUGGACGACCUCCGCAUCGUCCUGACAGAGAGCAAGCUGCCGCCGUGUGUGAAGGAGCUGUCUGCAAAUGGCCGUAGGAUUGUCAGCAGACGCGAACCCGGCGCGUACCCGCGCGGCAUCGUUACUCGCAAAGACGCUUCCAGCACGUGCUUGGCCAAUGUCCCGCUGCUUUCACUCAGCAACUACCGCCUUGGCGACGUGGGCGCCCUGCGUGGGCGGCGGCAGCUUCACCUGGUGUGCGUGACGCUUGAUGGCGAGAUCAGCGACUGCAACCACGUGUCACUUCGCCGCUGUAACGGCUCGGCUGCUAACUUAAGCGGGAUCACAUGGCUGUAUCUGGAGCGGGCCACGGUCAUGGCAAGCGACGAUGAUGAGGACGUCGAGGAGGACAACGACGCCGAUGACAAUUCACGUGUUCCUCAGAAACCGGAAGCCCCACUGCGUGUGCAACGCAUUCAACGCGUGUCCACGUGUCAACUUGGCGCCUGCAGCGUCACGGACUCCUCCUGCUUCCGCAAUGUCCAGCGCCUCAUCCUGAAACGGUGCAAGUUCGAUGACCUGGGUGCGCUUACGGCGGUCGGCUGCCUGGUGGUCCGCGACUGUACCAGUCUUGGCGACGAGUGGGCGUGGCCAGAUGCGGUGCUGGUGAACCGGACGCCAGAGGACAUGAUGGCCGUGCUGAUGAGCGGCAGGAUGGAGAAGGUGUGAGGGUGUGUGUGUGAGAGAGAGAGAGGGUGCCGGACACACACACACACACACACACACAGAC